AUGAAUAAAGAAUAUCAAUCCAGCUUCUUGGUUGAUGCCAAACCUGCUCCUCGUGUUUGUGCUUUCAUAAAUUCUGGAAACGAUCAUAUGAUUCAAAAUCAAGUGAUCGAAAAUCCACAACAACUCAUCAAACUUCCAUUUCCACCAGAAAUCAAUUCACGAGAUUUGGUUAUUUUACAUCCCGAUGGUCGAAUUCCCAAAUCUCCUAAUGCUUUCAUUAUUUAUCGAAAAUUAUUUUUUGAAACUGCUCGUGCUAAUGGUUACAACUUACCAAUGAAUAUUAUUUCUUCAAUGGCAUCACAAUCAUGGGAACAAGAAUCGAAUGAAGUAAAAAAUGAAUAUAAGAGAAUUGCAAAAGAAGCUUUUAAUUAUCGUAAUGAAUUAUUUCCUAAAAUGAAAGUUGAAAAGAAAAGAAACCAAUGGAAGGCAGUUUCGUUCGAUAAACCGCCUACUCGUAAAGUUAGAGCGCCUAAAUCUAUGAAAUCUAUCAAUAAACCUAUUAAUAAAUCUAUUAAUAAACCUAUUAAUAAAUCUAUUAAUAAAUCUAUUAAUAAAUCCAUUAAAAAUAAACAACUCGAAUCUCCUACUGUAGAUUCUGAACUUAAUAUGUUACCUGAAACAACUGACGCCAACAAUUUAAGUAGUGAGAAUUUACAGAUCCUAAAUCUUGAUUUAUUUGCAGAUUGGGCCGAUUUCUUUGAUAGUCAAAAUGUUUAUCCAAGCCCCAAUUUAUCAACAAUUUCUAGCGGUUACUCACCUAAUACGAUUGAAGAAUUUGAAUUUGACUUAGAAACUUCUACACAAUGCUUUGAUUUACCAAUUCAACAAGACCAACAAGUCAAUAAAGAUAUAAUUAAUAAUUUUUUAUUCAUUGAUGAAAACCAAUCUCCUAUCAAUGAAAAUCAAUAUGGACUUGGAAUUUUUGAUUUCUCUAAUGAAAAUUUAGGAACCAUUCAAAUUUUUGAUACACAAAACAUAUUUAACAUGGUCGAUAAGGCAUCUUAUAAUCAAUCAUUAAGCACAACAAUAAAUCAAGAUUAUUUAAAUGAUACAUUAAUUUCUUAUGAGAUGGGUUUUGAUUAUUCAUUUUAA